UGUCAGUAGACAUAAAAAAACUACAAUUAAAAAAAUAGAUAAAAUAUUAUACAACUGGAGGAAAAAACCUCAUUAUCUUAAAAAAGAUGUUAUCACGGGACAUAGAGAGCAAGGUGGUCUGAAUGUACUAGAUUUUAAUAUUGUAAAUAACACGUUUAAAAUCAAAUGGCUCAUCGAAUUCUUAAGAAAUCCUAACAUUAACUGGAACGCUUUUCCAGCAUUUGUAUUUAAUACCCUCGGUGGCAUAAACUUUUUGCUGAAAUGAAAUUUUUCGAUUGAUAAAAUUCCCUUGAAAUUAGCUGAGUUCCAUAAACAAGCCCUGUUAUCCUGGAUCUUGAUGUAUAAACAUAAUUUUAGCCCACAUAGGUAUUUUAUCUGGAACAACAAAGAUAUCCUCUUUAAAAAGAAAUCCUUGUUUUAUCGGACAUGGUUUGACAGAGGAAUCCUGUUAGUAGGUCAGUUACUGAAUAAAAAUGGUUUUCUAAUGUCAUAUUCAGAAUUUCUGCAGUUCUUCAAUUUCCCAGUGACGCCGAAGGAAUACGCAGUGGUAUUUGAUGCAAUCCCUGCAGGGUCACUACAGAUCCUAAAAGGCGUGACAUUUGAACAUAAUGCUGAAACUAAUAGAAUUUUUGUUGGAGCUGUAGAGAUUACAAGGGAAAGAUGUACUAAUAAAUGUGUUAGAAACCAAAUUUCUUGUUCGGUCCCAACUGCUGCAAAGUUUUUUUGGUAUUCAACCAUGGGUUACCUAAAUUGGAAGAAGGCCAAUACUACAAUACUUAAAUACUGCAUUAAUAAUACAAUUAAAGAAGUUUCAUUUAAAAUCUUGCACCACAUUUACCCUGUAAAAGAUAUACUUUAAAGAUUCAAAAUAAAUAUGGAAGAGUCGUGAACAUUCUGCCAAUCAAGUAGAGGAACAAUAUUUCAUUUAUUUUAUCACUGUUUAUACACAAAAAGAUUUUGGUCUGAACUGGAAGAAUUUAUUGUCACAAAAUUGAAAGUCAACACCAGUAUAAGAAUUUUUGGUGUAAUGUUAUAUUGUGAUUUUCAUAGUUUGUCCAAAAAUGUAAUGUAUGUUACCGGUAAUUAACUGUUUGUCAUCCUUGGAAAAUUUCAUAUCUACAAAUGCAAAUGGUCUAAUUCACAUCCUUGCUUUAAAAUAUUUAUUUGUGGACUGGAAACUGUGUUAUGAAACAAUUGAACAUGUGAAGAGCACAAAGGCUAUAAGAACAUUUCAACUUCUGAAGGAUCUGAGCAUGGUAUAAUGAGUUUAAUUUUAUUCUUGUCCUCUUUUUUUACACAUCGCAAUAUGCUUUAAGACCCUCUGGCCUGUUUGUAAUGUUCCUUGUGCAGGUUGCACAAGUGUUUUCUGUACCUAUUCGAGAGAGUCAAUAGCCAUAAUGUCAGUUGACGUGUUAUCGUCGUUAUCAUCAGGCAUGCCUUUGGUUUUUUUCUCCAUGUGUGGGUUUUCAGGGGUGUUUCCAGCAGUUGUCACCUAUCUGUCCAUCUUGUUGCUGCAGGAAUUAGCCGUAUCCAGCUGGAGGUUCCUCGCUGUCUGGGGGUUUGUGUCCUUGUUUUCUUCAUGUUUUGUGCUGAGAUUUUAUCCAAGUGACUUUCAAGAUUGGAAUUUUAUCAGUUCAAUUCAUAGCGUCGGGACUUUAAGAGGAGCUCAGACGGAUGCGUAAGGUCAGUCCGCCAUCUUGCUGCCCCCUCAUCUGCUGCUGUUCCUUUGGCAUCUGAGAAACGCGCUCGUGUUGCUGCUUUCAUCAGAUUGAAGAGUUUGCCUCUAUCAGACUCGGCCAUCUGAGUUGGUCAUGAUGCAGGUCAGGAUCGCUGCUCGCUCUCUGAUCCAUCCUGCUCACACUCUCCGACGGAAAAGCCUCAGAACUUCAUCAGCUGCUUUGUUUCUAUUGCAGCUGUUAGCUAAACACGGCUAAAGCAGACCUGCUACCACUUCAGGUUCUGGCACUGAGUCAUCAUCUGGAUCUGGACAACAUGGAUACAGUUGUCCUAAAUAUGGCACUGGUUAAAGAAGAUCCUGAAGAACAGAGUGUUGAUGUAGACCAGCAGAACCCAGAGCACCUCCACAUAAAGGAGGAAGAGGAGGAACUCUGCACCAGUCUGGAGAGAGAGCAGCUCCAUUUGGAACAGGAGUCUGUCACCGUCAGGUUUCCAUUCACUGCAGUUUCUAUAAAGAGUGAGGAUGAUGCAGGGAAACCUGUGUUAUCACAGCUUCAUCAUCAGCAAAUAGAAGACAGAGAUGUUCCAACCAGCAGCUCAGAUGACCAGAGGACAGCAGAAACAGGUGGAGAAGCAGAAAAUAGCAGGAAUUCAGAUCUAAACCCUCAUGAACAGACAUCUGACUCUGAGCUGUCAGACUUCUGGCCUGAAUCUGGAGAAAGAGUCAAUGACUCAAUCUUUAGCUGCCCAGAGUGUGGUAAACAAUUUGUCCAAAAGUGGUCUCUCAAGAUACAUUUGAGGGUGAUGGGUCAUUCAUUUGCCUCUACUUCUUUCAACUUGAAGACCUUCUGGCUGCUCUACAUUCUCACAAUGAGCAGCCAGGAAGAGGAAGUAAAGAGGAAAUUAACCAGUACAGUUGUCCUAAAUAUGGCACUGGUUAAAGAAGAUCCUGAAGAACAGAGUGCUGAUGUGGACCAGCAGAACCCAGAGCACCUCCACAUAAAGGAGGAAGAGGAGGAACUCUGCACCAGUCUGGAGAGAGAGCAGCUCCAUUUGGAACAGGAGUCUGUCACCGUCAGGUUUCCAUUCACUGCAGUUUCUAUAAAGAGUGAGGAUGAUGCAGGGAAACCUGUGUUAUCACAGCUUCAUCAUCAGCAAAUAGAAGACAGAGAUGUUCCAACCAGCAGCUCAGCUGACCAGAGGACAGCAGAAACAGGUGGAGAAGCAGAAAAUAGCAGAAAUUCAGAUCUAAACCCUCAUGAACAGACAUCUGACUCUGAGCUGUCAGACUUCUGGCCUGAAACUGGAGAAAGAGUCAAUGACUCAGUCUUUAGCUGCCCAGAGUGUGGUAAACAAUUUGUCCAAAAGUGGUCUCUCAAGAUACAUUUGAGGGUGAUGGGUCAUUCAGAAAUUAGUUCUUCAGACGGUUUGGUAAAUAAGAAAUGUGAAGGAGGGGAGCAGCCUGCAGAUUCACGCAGGAAACGAAAAAUAUACAUUUGUGAUUACUGUGGAAAACGAUUUGUUUGUAAAUCAUAUUUAGAAAGUCAUGAGACCGUCCACACAGGACUGAAACGUUUUGUUUGUGAGAUCUGUGGGAAAAGAGUUACAAAAAAGACAAGUUUAAACCAACACAUGAGAUCCCACUCAGGACAGAAACCUUUUGCUUGUGAGCUCUGUGGACAAAGAUUUGGUGAGAAGGCAUAUUUAACCCGUCACAUGAACGUCCACACAGAACAUAAGCCUUUUGCUUGUGGGCACUGUGGAAUAAGAUUUAGCAGAAAGGAAUAUUUAACCCGUCACAUGAGUGUCCACACAGGACAUAAGCCUUUUGUUUGUGGCCACUGUGGAAAAAGGUUUUACAAAAAAGCCCACUUAAAGACUCACGUCAGCAUCCACACAGGACAGAAGCCUUUUGCUUGUGAGCUUUGUGGAAAGAGAUUUUGUCAGAAGUCCAAUUUAAACAAACACAUGAGAGUCUCCAUAAAACACAAAAAAAUUAAGUUAACAAGAGUAUCUAAAGGACCCUUGUAGUCUUUACAUCCAAGAUGUCAGUUUUGUACUCCUGGUGGCAGUCCUCUACCCUAGAUCAGAGCUACAUUAGGCCCAUAAGCCACCUCUUUCUGGCCAGAGAGCCACAUAUUUCAAACUAUGUCCAAUGCUAAGCCGGGCAGAUGCAGAGAGCGCUUUUGUCUCUUCCUGAAUGGACUACAAUGCGAUCCACAUUUUGUAUUCCUAAAAAAAAGCAUUCAGAGACUACAUUACAUCCAGAACCGCACUGCUAGGAUCCCAUUGAGGGUGUGCACAUAAGUACAUAUCACCCCCAUUCUGAAAGAUCCUCAUUGGCUCCCAGUUAAAUUCAGAAUUGCAUGUUGGGGUCGUAACACUGAAUUUGGGAUUUUCUUUACUUGUCUUCAGUCUGCAACAACAAAUACACCGCAAAUCCCCAGAAUCAAUCUCCGCUGCAUGGGAGAUCGGGCCUUUUCAACCGCUGCUCCAAGGCUGUGGAACGGUCUACCCAUCCACCUGAGGGCCCCACAAAUUGGAUGCUUUCAAAUGGAAUCUUUAAGCCUGGGCCACAGAAGCGCUGUGGUUUUGAGAAGUCAAAUGGUCACACAGGAAUCACUACACCACUUAACGCUUCUUGGAAAGUCGCCUGAAAGUCACGCAAUAAUCUCAGCAUCACGCGGGACUUGAGAACAGGAAGCAGAAAGUGACUUGUUUGUUCAUACGGGAUCAGAUUUGCCAUCGUGUUUUGUGAGACUAAUUCAUUUAAAAUGGGUAAGUAUGCUAUUUAUUAGAACAUAAUUGUCGUCGCGGUGGCAAAAACCCAGGCGUGAGAGGGGUUCAUUGAGACCAUGAAGCAAGACUUCUGUUAGGCUUCGAGAAGAUUGUGGUCCACCAUCCGGCGCCUCAGGAGGGGAAAGCAGUGCGCUACCGACACUAUUUAUAAUGGGGACGGUGUGCUGCUUACCUCUACUCGGGAUGUUGUGGAUCGGUGGGCAGAAUACUUCGAAGACCUCCUCAAUCCCGCCGACACGUCUUCCAGUGAUGAAGCAGAGUCUGGGGACUUUGAGUUGGGCUCUCAAAUCUCUGGUGCUAAGGUCACUGAGAUGGUUAAAAAGCUCCUCUCGCAAGGCUCCAGGGGUGGAUUAGAUCCACCCGGAUUUUCUUAAGGCUCUGGAUGUUGUGGGGCUGUGUUGGCUGACGUGGCUCUGCAAUAUUGCGUGGACAUCGGGGGCAGUCCCACUGGACUGGCAGACCAAGGUGGUGGUUCCUCUAUUUAAAAGGGGGGACUACAGGGUGUGUUCCAACUAUGGGGGGAUCAGACUCCUGAGCCUCCCUGGUAAGGUCUAUUCGGGGGUUCUGGAGAGAAGGGUACAUCGAAUCGUCGAACCACAGAUUCAGGAGGAGCAAUGUGGUUUUCAUUCUGGCUGUGGAACACUGGACCAGCUCUACACCCUUAGGGGGGAUCCUGGAGGGUGUGUGGGAAUUUGCCCCACCAAUCUACAUGUGUUUUGUGGAUUUGGAGAAGGCAUUCAACUGUGUCACUCGGUGGGCCCUGUGGGGGUACUCUGGGAGUAUGGGGAGGCCCUCUAUACGGGCUGUUAGGUCCCUCUAUGACCGGUGUCAGAGCUUGGUCCGCAUCGCCAGCAGUAAGUCAGGCUUGUUCCCAGUGAGAGUUGGACUCCGCCAUGACUGCCCUUUGUCACCGAUUCUGCUCAGAAUCUUUAUGGACAGGAUUUCUAGGCACAGCCAAGGUUUUGAAGGCAUCUGUUUUGGUGGCCUGAGGAUCAGGUCUCUGCUUUUUGGAGAUGAUGUGGUCCUUUUGGCUUCAGCAGAACGUAAUCUUCGGCUUUUGCUGGAGCGGUUUGCAGCUGAGUGUGAAGCAUCUGGGAUGAGAAUCAGCUCCUCUUAACCUGAGACCAUGGUCUUGAUUCGGAAAAUGGUAGAAUGCCUUCUCCGGGUCAGGGAUGAGGUCCUGCCCCAAGUGGAGGAGUUUAAGUAUCUCAGGGUCUUGUUCACAAGUGAGGGAAAGCUGGAGCGUGAGAUCGAUAGGCGGAUUGGUGCUGCAUCUCCAGUGAUGCGGGCGUUGUACCGGUCUGUCAAGGUGAAGAGAGAGCUCAGAAGGCGAAGCUUUAAAUUCACCGGUCGAUCUACGUUCCUACCCUCACCUAUGGUCAGAUAGGGUGAGAAGCUCAGUCAUCCGGAAGGGGCUCGGAGUAGAUUUGCUGCUCCUUCACAUUGAGAGUAGUCAGUUGAGAUGGCUCAGGCAUCUGGUCAUAAUGCCUCCUAGACGCUUCCCUGGUGAGGUUUUCUGGGCACGUCCAACCAGGAGGAGGCCCAAAGGGAAACCCAGGACACGUUGGAGGGACUAUGUCUCUCACCUGGCCAGGAAAUGCCUUGGGAUUCGCCCAGAAGAGCUGGCCCAAGUGGCUGGGUAGAGGGAAGUUUGGGCUUCUCGACUUAGGGUACUGCCCCCACGACCCGACUCCGGAUAAGUGGAUAAAGAUGGAUGGAUGUAUACUACAAACGGCUGUCAAACCGUACCAUACCCCGGACUAAAUGUUGAGUGCUACACAUGCUCAUACUUUUCAUGCCCAAACUUUUUAGUUGCCCAAAAUUGCUAAAAUCCUUUUAAAACAUUGGUCAUAAUUAAUAUUCUAAUAUUUUGAGAUACUGAAUGUUAUGGCCACCAGACUGGCCUCUUCAGAUGCAGGAGCCAGGAUCGCCCAGCCCCGGUGAUCAGCCAGACACUGCCUCUCCUCCAGGCUGCUGAGGAGCACAGCUGAGCUGAAUCUUUCUGAUGACCUAGACCUGGGAUAAAGAGGCUGUGCCUUCAGCAGUCUGGGAGGCAGCGGUGCAGGGCUUCUGCUGUCCUCCAGGCACCAGACGUUGGUUUGAACCCCUUUGUUUUUGAUGAGUUUUAGCAGGACGGUUAAAGCUCUGAGAUGAUCCUAAGGGAACUUUAGUUGAUGUCAACUUAGUUGACUGAGUGAUGAGUAUUUUAAAGGUUAACUCUGUUCUGGUUUUAAGACUUUUAUCGACAUUGUGGAUUUUAAAACACCUUCAUUUUUGGUAAAACUUAUAACGACGUUUUAACCAGGUGUUUUAAUUGUUAAGUUUGUUUUUUGAGAGUUUUUUGUUUGACAUUAUUUUUAUAAUGCCCUCCAUCUGUUUGCUUGCUCGCUUGUUUUUAGAAACUUUUUUUAUGAAAGUUAAACCCACUAUCAUGUUUCUUAUGUUACCCCCUCCUUCACAUUUAACAACACAUGUCGGGGUCGUAACACGGAAUUUGGGAUUUUCAUUAAGUGUUUGAGUCAUCAAAAAUUAAAGAGGUAAAUAUUUCAGAUACAUCAGUCUGUGUUCAAUGGAUGCAUCUAGUAUACAAGUUUAACUUUCUGAAUGAAAUUACUAAAAUAAAUAAACUUUUUUCAUUAUAUUCUAA